AUGUCGAAACGGAACUUUCUUACGUUAGAAAAACGCGUGGAAGUUAUAAGACUUAGUGAAAGUGGUAAAAGUGGCAGGGCUAUUGCAGAACAAGUUGGUGUUGGCAGGACACAAAUUCAUGGAAUUCUGAAACGGAAACGCGAAAUUAUGGACGAGUUUGAAAAUAAUGUUAACAUAGAGUAUAAACGACCGCGCCGGGCAACCACUUAUGAGGACAUUAAUGACUUGUGUUUGAAAUGGUUUAAUGAUGCCACUGGACGUAGAAUUAAUGUGUCAGGUCCGCUUCUGAAAGAAAGAGCAUUAAAAUAUGCGCAGGAUUUAGGUGUAAAUGACUUUAAAGCAUCAAACGGAUGGCUGGAAAGUUUCCUUAAACGGAACAAUAUUGUGUUUAAGACAAUGUCUGGUGAGCGCGGUGAUGUAGACAAAACUGUUGUGCAAGACUGGAAAGACAUGUUACCAUCGUUGUGCGAAGGGUAUGAACCAGAAAACAUCUUUAAUAUGGACGAGACCGGCCUUUUCUAUCGGGAUUCGACUAAGUCCACGUAUUUCAAGAAAGGCGAGGAUUGCUCGGGCGGCAAACGUCAAAAGAACGUUCUGACUGUGGCCUUGUGUGCUAGCAUGACAGGUAAUGAUUUUUUCGUAAGUUAG